AUGGGUCACUUGCAAUCGAACCCUUCGUUACCGAUAACGUCUGACCUUUACCAAAAUCCAGCUUCCAGUGCUUUAGGGUCAAGUGCUACACAAGCAAAUUUGUCUAGUAUCAGCACCGGGGCAUCUAAUCCCAGUUUGAUUCCGGCUAUCACUCCUUAUGACGCUUCUAAGUUUUCGCAGCUAUUCGAUCGGUCGACAAAUGGGGCACCUGUAUUGGCGGGUGACAAGGCAAAGGACAUUUUCCUGAAAGCUAAGCUUCCAAUGCCUACUUUAGGUUCAAUUUGGAAUCUUUGUGACAGAAAUAAUUCCGGAACCCUCAGCAAACAGGAGUUCAUUAUGGCGAUGCAUCUUAUUCAGCUAGCCAUGGCAAACAAUCCAGCGUUAGCUUCAUUACCUGAAGCACUUCCUGACUACGUUUGGGACUCUGUGAAUGUCUCAGCACCACCUGGACCUAUUCUUAGCGCAAACUCCACCGGACUAUCGCAAAACUCGAACCAACCUUCUUCAACUAGAAUUUCUUCGAAUACUUUCUCCAAUGCUGCCCCCGAUUGGACUUUGUCUUAUGAGAAGAAGCAACAGUUCGACGCCAUAUUCGAUUCCCUGGACAAAAACAAGGCUGGUAGUCUGAGCUCUGAUGUGCUGGUCCCGUUCUUUCUCUCUUCGAGAUUGAGUCAGGAGAUCCUUGCCACUGUCUGGGACUUGGCUGACAUCCACAACAAUGCUGAGUUUUCCAAAUUAGAGUUUGCAAUCGCCAUGUUUUUACUCCAAAAGAAAAAGAGUGGGGUGGAAUUACCAGACGUGGUUCCAAAUCAAAUAUUGCAAUCCCCAGCCUUGGGGCUUUACUCUACAGACAAUUCGCAACAUUCACAUCACCCUGUAGGUGAAAUGCCAUCGAUUCCAUCGAGAGAUACUAAACCGAUGUUCGCGAACGCGCAAGCUACGGAACAAAGGACCCCCAGCGCAUUGGGGGAUUUAUUAGCCCUUAAUGAUUCUUUCUCAUCACCAAAACCAGAACCAUCGCGUUUGGCUUCUACCACAACUAUGAGCUCCGGGCAAUCCGUGCAGUCUCCAAAGUUCUCAGGCGUAGGAAUCAAGAAAUUUCAGCCGUCAUCUACCUUUGGACAGAAUAUCAUACAAGAGGAAAGUGCUAGCUCAUCCGAAGCUUUUAAUACCAGACAACCAGCCAAUAACUUCACACCACCAAGUGGAUACCAGCAGCCUCAACAAUCGAUCCAACAGCCUUCGCCAGCUUUCGAACCACAUGUUUCAUCUGUUCCUGCACCCGGGGGGCACAAUACUCUUGGAGAAAAUGUAGGACCAAUAAACCGGAAUGCCUCCCAGGGUGGUGCCUCUUCUGUUCCUCGAGAAGCAUUCCCGCUUCCGGAGCAGCCAUCACAGGCAUCUUCCCUCCCUAGCGUUCCAAACUUUCUCUCACCCGUUACGCCUCAAAGCUCCCGUUAUGCGGGUACUUCGGCUGAUGGUGAUGCCUCUUUACAGCUUUCUCAAGCUACAACAGAGCUAGCUAAUCUGUCUAACCAGGUAGGUUCCUUAACAAAUCAAGCAACCUUGGUUAGUGAGCGGAAAGCAAAGGCUCAACAAGAGCUCAAACGUAUGAAUGAUCUCAAAGCUUCCAUCGAAGCCAGAAUGACAACUUUGCGUAGUUCCUACGAACGGGAACUAGCUGAAACAGAGCAAAUUCAGUCUCAGCUAGAGCCUUCACGUCUAGAAUCCGAAGAAUUGAAGAAACAGUUGGCUGUUGCGGAAGCCAAUUUCCACGCGGCUCAAGGGUCCCUGUCAAGUCUCCAACAUCAACUUCAAGAGUCCCAACAACAAAAUUCGAAGCUGAAAGAAAGUAUCGGAAAUUUGAACUCGCUGGCAACCUCCUUACAAACAGACUUAAAUGAAAAACAGCUGCAGGUUAAACAAGAACGUUCCAUGGUCGAUGUUAACAACAAGCAGUUAGAAGUCAGUGAAAUGACUGUUGCCAACCUGAAAAAUGAAAUGGAGGGCCUAGAUCACCAUUUGGGUCUUUUCAUGCAAAAACACAAAGAGUUGAGUGACUAUCGGUCUACUCUUGAGACUCAACAUGGGGAGCUACAAUCCAAACACCAACUUUUGGAAGCCCAACAUAAUGACUUAAGUAAACGUGAGAGGGAAUUGGAUUCGAGAAAUAGGGAAAUUCAAACUCAGGAGCAGGUUUAUCAUCAAGAAAUUGCCAAGCUACAGGAUAUGUUUAGAGACCUAAAUCUGCAGCGCGAGAAUUUUGCAAAAGCAGACGAAGAGCUCCAGAAUCAACAGUUACAGUAUGCUCAAAAGGUGCAGGAGCUUUCGGAAAGACAGAUGAAGCUUGCCAUGGGUGAACUUCCGGAGAAUACUAAUGACAUUGUUAAAAGGCAGCACGAAUUUUCUUCAAAUGAUGAUCAUAUUGCCAAAUUUGUGGAGGAAAGUGUUACAAAUUCCAGAUUAGGUGGUCAGGACGAUGAUGACAACAAGCAGGAAUCUGAUGUAUUCGAUAAAGACUUGCCUACGGUUGGAUCUCAAACCGAGAUAGAUGACGAUGAUGGAAAUGCUCACGACGAUCUAACGGCCGCCCACGCCCUUGCAGAUAGGUUUGAUGGUGAUUUGAAUGAGUAUGGAAUUCCACGGACUGAAUCAGUCACAUCCUCUGUCUUAAAUAACCCACCGCAAUCUGUUUAUGAUUAUCCAGCUGGUGAUGUACAGACGGCUAUACCUGUUGUUGGAAAUGGUCACAAAUCUUCGUUGGACGAGCAAUUGGCCAAAGGUAACGUCGAAAAUACGAUUCCUGGUGGCUGGUCGGAUGCACAAAGCAACAAAGUCGAUGAAGAAAAUAAAGCAAGCGUAACAGACCAGGGCUUUUCCAGUGACCAAAGGGCAGAGGUUGAAACUCUAAAAAAGCGGGCAGAUGAGGCACCUCUACCUAAUUCUCCAACCACAACAGAUCACAAAAGAGAAGAGGAAUUCCCGCCACUUGAGGAAUUGGAAAUUGAGGAAAGUGACAGCUCUGAGGAAGAUGAUGAUAGUUUCGAAGAUUCUAAAGAUGUGUUGAGGAGCGAACCCCCCCAAUCUGGAGGGAUUCUUUCCGCACCAGCGCCCGCCCCAGAGCCCGUAGCUGCACCUGUAACAAUUACCGAAAGUCCUCGUGCCACCGCAGAGACUCUUUUGAACAACAGCGAAGAGGCUUCUGUUAAUAAAAAGGAUGCAGAAUUUGAUGAUGAGUUUGCCGGUUUGGAGCAGGCUGCGCCAGAGGAAGAAUAUGUCGAUGAAUCAAAUGGUAAUGACUUUCAAGAGGAUUUCGAGCAGAUUGAACACAAGGAUCUGGACGAUGAACUUAAUCAAGGUGGGUUUACAGGCGCAAUUGCCCCACAAGCAAGUGAUGUCGAUACCGAUCCUGCUGCGGUAGGUGCAGAUGAGUGGGAUGAGAUUUUCGCUGGAUUUGGAAAUUCUCAACAGGGCUCCGUUCCUGUGACUCACCCGGAGCCUAUGCCUAUAAAAGAGCCUGUUCCCACCAGAGCGACUGCUGAGCUCAGCCAAGCACCGGUCCGUCGUGGAAUUGCUACUACUCCAAAGUCUUUGGCCGUAGAAGAGCUUGGAAGCAUGGGAUUUUCGGUCGAAGAAGCCACAAAGGCGCUCGAAGCCUGCAACUGGGAUCUCGGAGCAGCUACAAACUACCUACUGGACAGCUCUUGA